AUGCCGGGACCCAUUUCAACAAUCCAUUUACCGGCUUCACAAUCUUCUCCCCCAACUCAGCAUUUGCCUGGUGAUUCGCUCAGCUUUCCAGAUCCUCCAGCACCGCUUGUGUUUCCAGUCGACCCAGCUGACAUUUCCAACACUGAUAGCGGGAAGGUUACUCACUUGUGGCCAUCCUGUGUUCCCCUCUUUACCUUCGCAGAACAUUCAUGUUUGCAGGAGCGUAAGGAUCGGAUUAUACAGGUACUUAAGCUCAGCAAGAACAAGAGACUCGGGAAUAACCUACAAACCACCAGUGAUCAUGUAUUGAAGCAUAACCAGUACACUGAGACCUUCUCAGAAGAAACUUGCAUGCUAGAUUUCCUUCUUACAUCCGUUUUUGCCUGCACUACAUUCACAAAAGAUGUUGUGUACAAAUUGGAUGAGAAAAUCUAUCGAGAUCUUCACACCCUAUUAACAACUCGCCAUGCAUUAGCUUCCUCGUCACUCAAUAGCUUUGGUUAUUCGGAUCUCAGACCACCUGGAUGGGCCAUUGACACUGUGAAAGGUUUGAUGGCCAACGAUUUUGAGUUGUAUGCCUUCCAGUAUCGCAUUCGGGUCGAGCAUUUUCUUCAUAUGCUUGAUUAUGUCUAUGACUGGAAUAAACUUCAGACACGCGUAUACCUAGAUGAAAAAAUGCUGGCAGCUCAGCGCAAUGCUGACAGAGCGCGUCUUGAGAAAAGGGAGUAUUACCUUCCUGCUGUUCCUCCUGUAUCACAUUCCAAUCCUUUCAAGUCAAAGACCUCUGUUCAGGCCUCGGCCUCCGACUUGAGUUGGGGGGGAGUACACUAUGAUGCUUCAAGAGAUGAGGAACAGCCUCCUAGCAGCUCACAGGUCGCUAAAAUAUGCGGUCAGUCUUGUCUUUGUGUGAAUUCCAAAGUCAGUGAACCUCACGAUUUCGGUCCAUAUCAACAUGAGAGUUUGCCUGCGGCAUCCCACCAAGCUCAGAUUCCAAAGGACUUAGAUUGCAGAAAUCCUUCUUCGCACACAAGCAUUUACCGAGGACGUUCUCCUAGUGAUCUCGACUCGGGUCAAGGUUGCACCAUCACCGAUGGAAACAAACAUCAGUUUCGUCGUGAUUCAUGCUAUUCAAAAAUUCCCACAUGCUCUGAUCUCUCGGAGUAUACCAGCAUUGAUUUUGACACCGCCCUCAAAGCGACGGACAUACCUGCUUACAACAGUAAUCCAAACACGAGGGAUAAUUGUGGGAACAAAUUCAUUAUUACUCCAACCCUGAAUCAUAACAUCGGCAAUCCAAUCAUUCCAUAUUCAAACAAUAACGGAAUUCGUACUUUCCAAAUCGCUUCAAAUACGCCGUGUGCACCCUUUUCAGAGAAGAACAAGAAUUCUCGAUUACCACGUAAAAUCAGAUAUCACAUCGACCGGCUGCAGAGACAGCUACAGCGAAUAAUCCAUGCCACCAGCUGUGUCACGUCCACUAAUAGUGAUUGUCAGCGUAUACUGAUGGGAAUGAGAGAAUGCAUACUGUGGUUGUCGGGAUUUACCAUCAUGGGAAGCGAAGCAACACGGGUCCCGGUAGGAGUGAAUACUCCUGAUCUUGAUACCUUGCAGAUGGUCCUCAAUUCAGGCUCGUAUAUCAUGUGUAACUCCCAAACAGCACUUCAGAUGCUCUCUAUGUGGCCUAGAGUUCGCAUCAAGCAGAAGACGAACCUUAUGAAGCAGACUGGAACCAAAUGUCGGCUACAAAGUCAAUGUCUUGUCAGACACGGAAUUAAAGUUGAAUUUUCCAUAGUACCACCGCCUAUUGACUGGGAGCUUCGGGUAUUUGAGGUUCAUGCCUUAGCAGAAGAAGUUGUGAGCCAAUCAACCAAGAUUGCAAGGCUCCAAUCGUACCACACCCAAAAAUCUGGUCGUCAUUCAAAACAUCGACGAGUACCAGGAACAGUCAGAGCCAAAAUCUGGCUCGGGAUACCUGCGAAACUGCAGCCAACUGUUGGUCAUGAUAACCAAUUUCUUGAUGUAUCCCUUACAUCCUCGACAAAUGCUCCCAUGAUUCCUAUUACGCUGGAAGCUAUGGCAACGGAACGAGAUACGAAAUAG